AAAGGCGAAAAAAGGAUUCUUCAGUUCUCUCAAAUGAUAGAACACCUUCUAUAAAAGUUCAUCUGAAAUAAUGAAGACUGUUAGACUCAUAUCUUUUCUUGUUUUCUUCAGCUACGUUAAAUGUCAAACUCUUCAGAGAAGUUUACUAGAUGCAGCCAUGCAGCACACUAAUAGCCAGAAUUAUCUGAAGGAGAACUUGAGAGACAUCAUUAGCAUUAUGGUUGCUCAGUUUCUUCAGAAAUCCACUUAUGAAGAAGUACAAACCAUAGUUAAAGAGCUACUAGAUUUUGCAGAGAAAUGCAAGAGCUUCAAGCUACACCAGUCACCUUCAGAAUGCUCUUAUCAGCUGAUGGCCACCUUCUUAGAACAUAUUUGUAAUAACCAAGGAAUGGCUGACAAACAUGUGUUUUCUGACUGUUGCAACAUAAAUAACACAGCAAGACACAAGUGCUUCCUGUUAAACAAAAAAGAUGAUGCAGAUUUUUGGGAAAUAGAGCAAAUUCCAAAUCCUGAGCAGAUCUGUGACAUGAACAAAGACCAUCAAGUGUCAGUGAAGAAGAGGUACAUUUAUGAAACUUCAAGAAAGCAUCCAUUCUUAUAUGGACCCACUAUUCUGACCAUGUCUACUUGCUAUGAAACAGCUGUUCAGUCAUGUUGCCAAGAAGAAAAUAGGACUGAAUGCUUCCAGAUAAAGCUACAACCCAUCAGAAAAUACAUUAGAGGAAUAUCUUUGAGGCAUCACCAUUUAUGUGAAAUUGGGAUUCAAUUCAACCACAAAGUAGCAAAAGCAGUGGAACUGGUUCUGUUGACUAAAAAACAACCUAAAGCCAGCUUUUCUGAAAUUGCCAAACUGGCUGCUGAUGUUAAAAAUCUGCAUCAGACUUGUUGUGAAGGAAAUGCAGUAGCAUGUGUGCUUGGCAGGAGCCAGCUUAUGAACUACACCUGCUCUAAACAGGCUGUCCUAUCCAGCAAGAUCACUCCAUGCUGUGUGCUGCCGGUGCCAUUUAGAGGGGAGUGCAUUAUCAACUCCGAAAAUGACAAUAAACCUGAUCUUUCAUCCCUGCCGCUCAGCAGGUUUACGGAAGACCGAUUUGUAUGCAAACAAUUCACUGACAAGCAAGAUGAUUUCCUACAAGAGUUUCUUUAUGAAUAUUCAAGAAGACAUCCAGAGUUGGCAGUUCCAGUGAUUUUAAGAGUGGAUACAGUAUAUCAAAAUUUAUUGGAAAAAUGCUGUAAAUUAGAAAAUCCUCUGGAAUGCUAUAGACAUGGGGAAGAGAUGUUCCAAAGAGUGGUUCGUGAAAGCCAUGAACAUGUUAAAAAUCAUUGUGAUUUACGUGAGAAAUUAGGAGAUAGUAACUUCCAUGACAGGCUCCUGGUCCUUUAUACUCAGAAAGCCCCACAACUGUCUGCUCAAGAGUUGGUGAUGUUCACGAAGGACAUGGCUGCCGCCGCCACCAAGUGUUGCCCUCUGAGUGACCAGCAGCAGUUCGCCUGCGUGGAGGAUGCAGCUAAGCUAACUCUUGGAGCUUUAUGCAGAAGACAUGAGGCAGAGCCUAUCAAUGCUGGCGUGAGUCACUGUUGUGGUCACUCUUACGCCUUCAGGAAGCUGUGCUUUGAUGAUCUGCAAGUCGAUGGAACUUACAUUUCUCCACCUUUAUCCUGUGACCAACUUAUCAGCCUUAGAGAGGACUUGUGCAAAGCUCAGGAGGAGGAAUUCCAAACUGAAAAGCGAAAGCUCCUCAGCAACCUUGUGAAACGGAAACCGAAUGCAACAGAGAUGCAGUUC